AUUCUUAGGUCGAUCAACACCAUCAAUUCGUUAAUCACCAAAUUUUAACACUGACAAAAACAACUUUUUUCUUAAAUCUUUUCCUGCGCAUCAUUGACCCGAACACCGCUAUUCGUUAAAAUUCCCCUCUUACGUGUUCUUAUCAAUCCAUACGCGCUUCUACGUCCACGCCUCUUAGUCGACUAGUCUAAUUAAGAUAUUCCUUUACGGAUCUCGAGGCGACUGUUCUUUGUGUACUAUUAGACACUUUCCCACCAGUUCCUCCACACCUUUCAGCUUACUCUACAUCCUCCCGUCUAAUCCUGACUACCCUGCAUCAUCGAUGACAACCGAUACGCUUGAGACUGCGACGGACCGCAAUGCCUUUUCCUGAGAGGCAGGGUGGUUGGGGAGUCGGCCAGAUGCCGAACCCGCCUACCAACCCCUUCGCCAAACCGAGUCCGGCACCUUUGCAGCCGGCGAACCCAUUCGCACAGAUUCAAACCAACUCAUCCAACGCACCCAAUCCGUUUUUGCAGAAGCAACCGAACGGAGCGGUACCUGCGCCAAACCCUUUCCUAGUUAAUCGCGCGAACCCUUUUACGAAUUCUAAACCUGCAGCCCAAACCAAACCAUUCUCUCCUUUUGCACCACAGCAGAACUCGACGCCUAGAGAACCAAAGUCGUUCAGCAAACCUGGCUUUGGACAGGCUUCUAAGCCGACAGCCACCACCAAUAAGAUUUCCUCAACUCCAAACCCCUUCGCAAAGCCACCUACGUUUACCAGUGGCAGCGGAGCUAAACCUAUCCCAAAUACGAAUGGGACGAGAAAGGUUUCUGAAUAUGUCAAGCCAGCAUGGCCAACUCAGAGUCAGAAGACUCCAGACUUAGCACCUAAUAAUCAUAUGAACGGGAAGCGGAAGAAUGAGAAUGAUCUCCAGCGAAGAUCCAAGUUUUCGCGAAAGUCGCCAGACGAUGAGGUCGCCUCUAUUCGGUCUACCCGGGAUACUAGGAAAGAUACCUCGCUUGGAAUCGACAAACCAACAAAUUCGAGAAGAGAAGAACCGGAGGUCUUCGCUAAGAAGAUCUUAGACCAGUUACAGAAGGAUAACAUUAAGCCACCGCGAUGGCCGGAGAACCCAGGAAAUUUCGAGAGCCGCCAGGCCGUAGAGCGCCUGCGCGAAUCCCACAAAGCUUACCGUGAAAGAGCAAGGAAGUCGCUAAUGCGAGCCGGUUUGAUUGACGAUCCGGAUAAGAAGCGAAGACUUGACGAAGCGCUGGUCUUUAAAGGCAUUUGUGAAGACAUGUGUCCCGAAUGGGAGCAAAUUACUCGCAUUGUUGAGCAUGAUAUCAAAGGUCCUGAGAAGGGCACAAACAACCAAGGCGAUCUUGUCCCAAUGCCCGAGCUCAUGGUUAAGCGACUUGCUCGAUCAGCCGCUGGACAGGAUGCGCCGCUCCCGAUGGAUGUUCGAUCAGUUAGGACACUUCGCAGAACAUUGAGUUAUUUGACCGAUCUUAUCGAAUCAGAUGACCUGCUACCUCAACGACAUAGUUUCCUCUGGGACCGUACUCGCGCUAUCCGAAUCGAUUUUUCUUUCCAGAAGUACGCCAUGACACCCGCAGAAAUCGAAGAUCAAAUCUACUGCCUCGAGACAAUCGCUCGUUUCCACGUUACAUCACUUCACCUACUCUCCCGAAAUGGAUCCACCCCUGUUGACUUUUCGGAGCAACAGGAGGUCGAGCAACUAAGCAAGACCCUAAUUUCACUGAUGGAAGUUUACGAUGAUUGCGCGCAGCAAGGGAUUAAGUGCAAGAACGAGUCCGAAUUUCGAGGGUAUUUUAUAGUAUUCAAUGCCUUCAAUCCGUCGCUUACAGAAAGGAUCGAGGACUGGGAUCGCCGAUUUGGAAAUGCCCAAGGAAUCAAAUCCGCAAUAUUCAUCACUGAAUGCAUCAAGAAUGUACAAAGACUACAAGGCCCAUUACACCCGGAGUCGAACACCCAGAUGACCAUAGAUUUUGCCUCGGCAUUCUUCGAAUUCAUUAAGAAUCCAGACGUGUCGUAUACCAUGGCUUGCUUCGCCGAGAUCCACUUCAACACUAUCCGCAAAGCAGUCGUUAAGCUCGUGAAGAAGUCAUAUUCCAGGCCCCGGUUCGGACCAAAAGAUCUUACCCCUGCCGCCUUGAAGCAACACCUAUACACUGAUACUGAAGAAGAGGCUGUCGAUUUCUUCACCAAACACGGCUUUCAGUUUGACGAUGACGGCAAUUACCUCGUUCUCUGCCCGAACCCCGAGUAUGUUGAUACUCGAGUACCACACCCCUUUUCUGGAGAUAUUGUGGAACGCAAGCGUUGCGGACAACCCUUUGCAGUAGUUGUUCAUUCGACUGUCUCGGAAUCGGAUUUUGCAACAGAUUCGCAAAUGGCGGGGCAGGUAAAUGAAGAAGAAGAUGAGAAUGAGAAUUUGUUUGUCACUGAUUCACAGAGCGGCUCAUCGGACAGCAACGACCAGGAAGAGGAGGACAGUGAAGCUCAGGACAGCGAGUCUGGCGAGUCGACAGCAAGCUCCCGCCCUCUCCCUGCAAUGCUUGGAAAUCACGUUGUCACCAAACAGAGCAUUGGCGCCCCUGUUGAGCAGUCUCGGUCUCCCACUCCGGGUGAGACGGUUUCACUCAGCCCGCCUCUAUUUACAGGGCAGCCUUCUAUCCCUACUUCUGCACCUUUGGGGCAAUCUGGAACGUCGAUCUUCGCACAGCCUAGCAAAGACGGCCUUCUUAGUUCGGCGGUUUCUUCUCCAGGAAGUGCUCUAGGGACUACGUCACUCGGAAAUUUAACCAGCGCAUCCAAUUCAUGGGCUCAGAAGUCACAAACAGAUGCUAUCAACGGCGGAGCAAUGAGCCAGCAGCGUACAGGAACUCCUAAUGCACCAUCCUUGCCUAAGACAGUAAGAUUUGCAGAUGGAAUUCCACCUGGGCAGACUCCUCCAACAGACAACACGAAUGCUGCGCCGAGCGUGUUCGGCUUCCUUGCUAAUAAUGACGGGGACAAAGGUGUCGCAACUUCGACAGCUUUGCCCAGUGCCAGUCUGUUCCCGGGACUUCUUCCGAACAAGGAAGUACCCAAAUUGCAGUCUGCUUCUCUUACAUCUACGACACUAGCGCCCGUUGGCAACACAGUUCAGCCUCCUAUCACUAGUCCUCUUCCCACAUUCCCCGCAUUUACAACAACACAACCAACGACAAGCCAAUCAUCGACACUUGAACGACAACUUGCACCAUCCCCCAUAACAUCAUUAAAUGAUGUAUCUAACAUAGCACCAUCUAGUAGCUCGUUCAAGGAAGCAUCCGCGACACCGGCCCCCGAUAUUUUAUCGAAGACAACGUCCGAGAAAACGGCACAACGUGAUUUAAUGGGCGAUUUUACCAAUUGGUUCGUAUGCGGAGACAGAGGCCUAAUGGAAUCGCAGCUUGAAGAACUUGCGGUUGAGUAUAUACUCAAAGACACCUGGAUUGCCUUCCAAACUUUUGAAGAGGAACGCAUACGAAAAGAAGAAGAAGAAAGUUUGUUGGCCGAAGCACUCGAGUUCAGAGUGAAAAGUCUUCAAGUUAAGUUUUUCUAUCGCUGGAAGGACGGCUUCCGUAAGCGGCAACGUAUCAAGCGUAUGAAGAUGGAAAUGGAGAAAGGCAGACAGUGGAGAUUACCCGAGAAUGUAGCGAAACGCGAACGUAUUGAAAAGGAAAAACAAGAAAGGGCCGUACAGGAGGCAAAGGAUUCGAUGCUGAAGAGGAGUCGUCAUAACGUUAAAGAAACCGCCAAAUUAAGACAUUCAGCCGGACCAACCAUGGGAUCGGGAGUUCAGGGCCUCGAAGAUGACCUAAAUGGGUCGCAACUCGAGACUUCGAGCCUUCAAUCGAGGGUCGAAUACAUCGAAGAUCAACUACUCGCAACAGGGGUCUUCGAGGGGGUGAGGGACGAGAGAGCCGCCGCUAGGUAUGCCGCAAUGGCUUGCGACCCUGAAGCUGAGAAAGAAAAACGUCUAGAGACAAAGAUACGACUACGAGCAGAGAACCAUGAUCGUCUCAACCGCGGACUUCGUCCUCUCAAAGCGUUACCGGAACCGAAAGUCCAUAAAGAAGGAUCGAAGACAGCCAUGCUUAGGGCCCAAUGCCGCCUUGCUGAAAGAGGUAACUCUUUAUAUAAGUCGACAGGGAGUUUCCGCUCCUCGCCUUUUAGUUCGAGUUAUCGUUCUAGUCUGGGUUAUAACAACAGCCGAGUAUCAAAAUCUCGAUCGAGAGUUACGGAUCCGUAUUGGCGCCUUAAAGCCAACGGACUUGUACGGAUGCCUAAUGGCGAGUACCUGCACGAAUCAAUAGCAUUGCCUAUAUUACAAGGAGACUCACGAGUCUCUAGACUGGGAAGCUAUGGAGUACGACCUGUUGAACCCGAAACUCCUGCUCAUUCACCACCACCUCUACCGGAUGGCUUCUUUUCGUCACCUAUCCAGGCCGACGGUUUAAUACAAUCUAAAGACACGCCUUCAAGUGGCGGAAGUCAGAAACGAAAGCGUACUGCUGAUGAGGAAGAGUUGGCUUCGAUCGACUUCGGGACACCCACUGGUACGAAACGAGUUAGGAGUGAAGAGAGAGAUAGCCCUUCCGUCACAGACGCCAAAAAUCAUCUUGCCGACAUCGAGAGCCUUAUGAAGAGAGUAACUAGUCUCAAGAGGUCGACAUCGAAGAGAGCUUAAGCUCUUAUAUUCAAUACCUUAUAUAAGGAGACUACCGACAGAGUAGGAAUGGAAUGGGGAAGGAAAAGGUGUAAAAUUCUUUGGAACGACGUUGGCAUACGAUUCGUCCUAAUGAGGACCCUUGAUGG